UUAACCUUAUUAGCAUUCCAAUGGCCGAAAAUACUGCCGAAUCAUUCACGGAAAGCCAAUCAGGUAUUGUUGAGUCCGAGAACGAGGCUUACGAUGAAGAACAUGAACAACUUAUUGAAGAAUGUAAGGAACUCUCUCUUCCAAGAAGGAAGGGUUGGGGCCACCCGUACAUUUAUCUCUACCAAGAUAUUUGGUAUAUACCUGCCCAAAUCCAAGCCAUAAGCUCUUUCCAGAAGCAUUUCCAAGCAAAAGAUAGUGAUAUUAUUAUAGCCUCUUUACCAAAAUCUGGCACUACUUGGUUGAAAGCCCUCACUUUUGCCAUUGUAAAUCGUAAGGUUUUCUCUCCUUCACAACAUAACCAUCCCUUGCUCUUUUCCAAUCCACAUGAGCUUGUUCCUUUCUUUGAGUUCAACCAUUAUAUAAACAAUCAGAUUCCUGAUCUCUCCAGCAUGUCUGAACCAAGACUUUUUAGUACCCAUGUUCCAUUUCAUUCAUUGCCCGACUCAAUUACCAAAGGCAAAUGUAAGAUAAUCUAUAUAUGUCGAAGCCCAUUUGACAACUUUGUAUCAUUUUGGAGUUUUGCAAACAAAGUUGCACCACCAUCUUUACCUAAAUUAUCAUGCGAGGAAGCAUUUGAGAGGUACUUAAAGGGUUUCAAUGCGUGCGGUCCGUUUUGGAUACAUAUGUUGGGUUAUUGGAGAGAAAGCAAAGAAACACCAAGCAAGAUUAUGUUUUUAAAAUAUGAGGAUUUGAAAGGAGAUAUCAAAUUCUACUUGAACAGAGUGGCUGAGUUCCUGGAUUGCCCAUUCAAUUUUGAGGAGGAAAGCAAUGGUUUUAUUGAAAACAUAAUUGAGCUGUGUAGCUUUGAGAAGAUGAAGGAAUUGGAAGUGAACAAGACUGGAAAAUUUUUGAUGUUUGAAAAGAAGGACUUCUUUAGGAAAGGUGAAGUAGGUGAUUGGGUUAAUCAUUUUUCACCUUCGAUGGCAGAGAAAUUGUCCAGAGUGAUGGAAGAGAAGUUGGGUGGUUCUGGAUUGUCCUUUUAAUCAAUUUUAUUAUUUGCAAAUAAUUUAUAUGGCACUAUGCUUGUUCUCUCUUA